CCAGAGUGCCCCUGUCAGGGUAUCCCUCAGGUCAAGAAACCCCGUCGGUUUAAGAGCAGCGAUAACAGGAAAUAAACAACACACCAGAGUACCUAAAAAAAAAAUUUUUUUUUAAUCCAUCAGGACCUAUGGAUUGACGUUUGGGCAAUCGUUAACGAAUAAUCGUCGAACCGAAAGGAGACGGGUUUAGAAGUGCGCUAGAGAUGUUCGUGGGAGUGCGUGUUCGGUUUUGUUUUCCCUUUAUCGACUGUUUCGCCAUAUUAAGGACCCUGCUCUCUGGUGACAUCAUUAAAACAUGUUCCUUCCGUCCGACGCUGUGUGGAGCUGCUUCAACCUAGCGUCAACUGUGAGCAAAAACCAGGAGACAAAGCAACAAAGUGAGCCCCCCCCUCCGGAUCAAUCAAAUGUGUCAUAUUUAACUGUUUAGGAGCCGAAACCCAGCGAUUACACAGUGCUACUUCAUGGUAGGUCCUGCAAAAACAGCUGGAACCGUUUCCAUCACAAAUGCAAGUGAAAGUCAAGGAGGCUUCAUGUAUUCUGGACAGUCACACGUGCACAACUGCUUGAGAACAGCAACAUCCAUGACGACUCUUGAACAUAUCACAGACUGCAUUUGACAACACAAACUUGAUUAUCAUACAGAAACCUCUGGGCUCUUGAGAUGGAUGGGGAGGAAGAGGUCUCUCAUGUGAGUGAGGAUAUGGUCAUUGACCCUGAUGGCUCCAUAGACUCUAAGAAAAGGGAAGCAAAAGGCUCAUGUCUAAAAAUUGAGGGUCAGGAUGGAUAUGUAUUCAAAUCCUACAGCGUUACCCCUCAUGAGACUGCAGAUGCAAACCCCUCCACUUGUUCUGCAAUAACACUGGGUAAAGACUUGUCCCCUUCCUGCUUGGGGGCAGAAAAAGAUGAAUCUUCUCAGGUUGACACAGAGUCUAAUUUAAAUAAAGUGAAGGAGACUGAUCCAGCUUCUCCAGCUCUCUCAAGUAAAGACAUAAACAAUGACAUUAUGUUUGAAAUUGACAACAAAAAUACUGAAAAUGGUAAUGAGGCAAAUACACAUAUCAAAGAGAAGGAAAGUGAUGCAAAUGGCAUGGAGGAAGAAAACCAAGAGGAUGAAAGGUUAUCAUUUGAUAACUUGGUCACAAGAGAUAAUGAUGAUUAUAGCAAUUUGCUAAGUGGAUAUACAAGCACCCUUUAUGAUGUUGCCAUGGACGCUGUCACGCAGAGCCUUUUGUCAUCCAUGAGGAGCCAUGCAAAUCCCCGCAAAAAAUCUCCUGCGUGGAAUCAUUUCUGCAUAUCCCCACGAGACAGUACCAAAGCAAUCUGUUUAUACUGCAUGAAAGAGUUCAGUCGCGGUAAGAAUGAGAAAGACCUCAGCACGAGCUGCUUGAUGAGGCACGUCCGAAGGGCUCACCCCACUGUGCUUUUACAAGAUGGAGGCGAUGCCUCCUCAAAUAAUUUGGCUAGCUCCCUCGCAUUAUCUUUGAUACCUCCCUCCCCAAACUCACCAAAAAACGGAGACUUGACAAGUAGUGUUCCUACUCCUGCCUCAAAAAACACUUCGCCGUCCACCUCUUCUGCUGAGACAUUGGACUCAACAUCCAAAGAAGUGUUACCCAAAGUUGAACCAAAACCUGAACCAUGUGCCAAUGCUGACAAUGUCAGUGGCACACACUCAUCUUCACAUUCCAGUGAAAACAACGGUGAAGAAGCUUCAGAUGGAGGGCCUGAGCGUCUUGCUGGGACCACAAAAAGCUCCAGCUCUCGUCGGAGAUCUGCUGUAUGGAAACAUUUUUACCUGUCACCUGUGGACAGCUCGAAAGCAGUGUGUAUCCACUGCAUGAAUGAAUUCAGUCGGGGUAAGAAUGGGAAAGAUCUGGGGACAAGCUGUCUUAUUCGUCACAUGUGGAGGGCCCACAAAGAGGUUGUCAUAGAGGAAAAUGGACAGGGCAAUCACAUUCCACCGCCCUAUACAAACCCUCCCUCACUUUUGUCCCGCACACAAUUGCAGGACUCGCUGGAAAUUAAAAAAGAGUCCUCUCUUCCCCCAUCUUCACCAGAAACCAUAUCAGAUGAAUUGCCCCAGAACAUGGAGGAAAGCAUGGACAUGAAAGAAGAAAUAGACGAGGCCCUGAAUCAGUCAGGACACGAGUCCUCCUUCAACCUAUCAUUCGGAGCUCAGGGGGAGGAUGCCUUUCUAGCUUCCUCACCUUGUGAUCUGUCUGAGGGCCCCAGCCUCAGCCAGGAACAUUCAGUUUUCCAGCAAAAUAAGAAGAUAAUGAAACGGGUGAAAUCUGAAGUGUGGCACCAUUUUAUCGUCUCUCCGGUCGACCAGCUCAAAGCCUUGUGCCGAUACUGCCCCUGUGUCAUCAGCCGAGGGAAACGGGGUGACUUUGGCACAAGUUGCCUGAUGAGGCAUCUAAUGAGGCGCCAUCCUGAUGUCCUUAAAAACCAAAAAAGCACGGAUGACAAGGAACCUUCCCCCCAACUGUAUACUACUAUCGCUGCAACAGACACAGUUUCAGCCAAAGAAACUGAGAACGCUUGUGAGAAAAAGCCACAAAAUCCACCUGUGUUCAGUAAAAAGACAUCAAAACUGUGGAACCAUUUUUCGAUUUCCCCUGCCGAUCCCACUAAGGUUGUUUGUUUGCACUGUAGCCGCACAAUAAGCCGAGGCAAAAAGACUACAAACCUCGGCACAAGUUGCCUCUUCAGGCACAUGCAGAGGUUUCAUGGACACGUUCUUGAAAGUAACAAUACUAUCUCAGGUGAUGUGCCGUCUGCUGAAAUUCAUGUCAAACAAGAGCUCAUGGACACUUCUGUGUUUGAAGAAAACGUUGAGAAAUUUGAUGAACACCACCCGGUUGCCAAAAAGAUCACCAAACUCAUCGCAGAGAUGCUUGCACUGGAUCUUCAGCCAUCAGCCAUGGUGGAGAACGCUGGCCUGAACAGACUACUAGAGUACCUUCAGCCUCAGUAUUCUCUACCUUCUUCUUCUUAUUUCACCAGCACUGCCAUACCAGAAAUGUAUGAAAGGGUGAAGGAGGUUGUUCUCACACACCUGAAAGAGGCUGAAUGUGGUGUUGUUCACUUCACAACUAGUAUUUGGGUCAGUAGCCAGACGAGAGAAUACCUGACCCUCACUGCCCACUGGGCGACAUAUGAGUCGAGGGUCAGACCUCAGGGCCAGGACUUUCAUUGCUCCGCUCUCCUCAGUGUCACCCAGAUAGACUGUGACCAUGAUAUGCUUAACAUUCAGAAGCAGCUUGAGUUUCUGUGGGAUUCCUGGAUCACCUCAUCAGGGCUGAAAAAGGGGUUCACUGUUACUGAUAAUAAUGCCAUCAUACAUGCCCUUGAGGACCCUAACCAUGUCACAAUGCAGUGUUUUGGCUACACCAUAGACCUCAUUGUUAGUGAAGCCAUAAAAAGCCAGAGAAUGGUUCAGAAUCUUCUGAGCAUUGCACGAAAGAUCUGUGAACGUGUACACCGCUCAGCGAAAGCCAAGGAGAAACUGGCUGAGCUUCAAAGAGUCCACCAGCUGCCUGAGAACCAACUGGUUCAGGACGUACCCUCCAAAUGGAGGACCUCCUUUUUAAUGCUGGAGCGGCUGGUGGAGCAGAAGAAAGCCAUUGAUGAGAUGUCGAUCGAGUGCAAUUUCAGGGAAAUGAUUAGCUGCGAUCAGUGGGAAGUAAUGCUGUCAGUGUGCAAUGCACUGAAACCUUUCGAAGUUGCUUGCAGGGAGAUGAGCAACCACACUGCUACCCUGGGACAAGUAAUACCACUCAUUCACAUUCUCAACAGAAAGAUAGACCUGCUGUUUGAUGAGACUGUGGGCAUUGACAACAUGCUCAAGUCUCUAAAGGAGGCUAUGGUGAGUAGAAUGUCCUCAACUCUGCAUGACCCACGAUACACUUGGGCAACCAUGCUAGACCCACGGUACAAGACUUCACUCUUCACAGAGGAAGAGGCCGAGCAAUGUAAACAAGACCUUAUCCGAGAACUGGAUUUGACCUUUUCUACCUCAGUCCUGACUAGACCUCCGCUGCCUAACGGGUGCGGGGAGGCCCCUGCUUCAUCCAACAGCUCCCACUCUAACAAGGACAACCUUUGGUCUCUUAUGGCUGACAUCCGACACAAGAUAAAACAGGAGGAAAAGCCAAAAUCCUCAGAGCUGGCGGUGCUUGAGUACCUAGAGGAAGAUAUACUUGAUCAAAGCUGUGACCCACUCGACUAUUGGAACCUGAAAAAGUUCCUAUGGCCAGAACUUGCCAAAGUAGCUGCCCGUUAUGUGGGCUGUCCACCCAGCAUUGUCCCAGCAGAGACUCUGUUCAGCACAGCCAGUGUGAACUGUGCCCUAAAUCAGCCCAGGCCUUUGUUAGACAACGUGGAGGGUCUGCUCUUUCUCAAGGUUAACCUCCCCUUGAUUUAUUUUCAGUACUAAGAA